AUGCAAGAUAAUACAGCUGCUGUAGAAGAGGAAAACCCCUCAUUUUCGGCCAAGAAAUUGCUGAAUCAUUGGUUGAGAUUCAGUUCAGGUUUACCUGAAACCAACAUAACACUUAAUAGUGAGUUUGAGAGGAUACUGUUGGACUACUCAUGGCAACGUGCCACGCCUGAAACCUUGGAAAUUGGCAGAGGUGGGGUUGGCCCAUUCGCUGCAUCCCUCAAAGAAAAGAUUAACCGAAUGUUUGGUGGAGAGCAUGUACGUUUCAAGUUUAUCUUCCUUCGGCAUAUAUAUGAAGCCUCAUCUGAUCCUACUUUCUGCAACAGGAACACUUGGAGAGCAAUGAGGGUGAUCCUGAAGGAUGUCAUUGCUGUUGGUAUCGGUGGCAGCUUCUUAGGUCCUCUUCAAACAGAUCCAAAGGCUAUCGAAACAGCAAGGGGAAGGCAACUGCAUUUUCUUGCAAACGUUGAUCCUAUUGAUGUUGCCAGAAAUAUUACAGGGUUAAAUCCAGAAACUACCCUUGUCCUUGGUAAAGUUAAAAGUAUCAGUCUAUCUUCUUAUCCUAAGGGUCCUCCUCCUACUCCUUCUCCCGCUCCAUCUCCAGAGCCAACAAUUUCUCCAUAUCCUGCUUCUCCAGUUCACUCUCCAGCACCAUCACCUGACAGUAAUCAUCUCCCACCAGCACCAUCCAAGGUACCUCCACAUCCUCGUCCAUGUCCAUACCGCGGUUCUGGAAUUCCUCCGAGCUCCUCACCAACUUCUCAUCUUAACCCUACUGUUCCUCUUAGUUAUGCACCUAAUGGUUCCCCUUACUCGCCUUCUGCGAGUCCUUAUACGAGUCCCUCAUCUCAAUUCCUCCAAGCUGAAUCACUGGUUGAGAUUCAGUUCAGCACAGAAAAUAGAUCAGUGCUUCAUGUAGCUCUUCAUGCUCCAAGGGAUGCAAUCCAGAGGCUAUCGAAACAGCAAGGGGAAGGCAACUGCAUUUAUGCUGAAGAACUGUUCAAUUUUCUCUGGUAUGAGCAGUCGAGUCAGUGCAAAACUAUGAGGGAUAGCUGUGUAAGUUCUGCAUCUGCAGCAGCAAAGGUAGAUGCUUGA